UGUUUUUGUAAGAAGGCCGAGUCUCUUGGCCAUUCCUACACUCGAGGCUUGACGUGGUCAGGGUGUACGACUGACAACCGCAUCCAUUAUCAACAGGCAGACAUAAAAUGAAGACGGGAAACUGCACAAUCAAGAUGAUGAGAAAUCUUUGCAGCUAUAAUCAGAAAGUCCGGUUCGGUUACAGCGUAUAGCGUGAAUUUCUAUAGCUUCCCGCAGGAACACCUAUUUAAGCAAUGGAAGGCGCCGACGGAACAAUCUCUCAACGGCCCUCAUUACUCACCCUCCCUCCAGAAGUACGAUGCAUGAUCUGGGAAGCCGUUGCCAUUUGUUCGGGGCCAAUUCUCGUAUGCGCAGAUUCCCUCACAUUUGGUCCACUAGAGCAAGUUGCCAGAUUUAGCUUUGCUAUUCCCCCUCUGCCACCCACCAACAAGAAACGCAAACCCCGCUCUUCGAAAGCCAAACUAACUGCCAAUCCACUCAUCUGGCUGCUCACAAACCGCCAAAUCUACGCCGAAGCCCGUCCCAAUUUCUACGCAAACCUAUGCCUCGCGUUUGACAACGUGUUUUGCCUGUCCGCAUUCAUGUUCCAGUCACCAGAGACUUUUAUCAAGCCGUCGAUGGUCCGGUCGCUAUCGUUAGACCUACAACUGGCCGCAACAAGUUCAUACCUCCUUUUUCAGACGACUGCGAGUUCUCUUUUGCCAGAUCCGUAAAUCACGGGUGGGAAAUAAUGAUGAAUAACACAGAGCACUGGUGGCGAAGAGUAUAUGUAUGCAAGUGUCCGUUUUGUCUUGCGGAUUUUGUCAAGUGGAUUUGUACGCAAGUGCCGCUACGAGUUUUCUCGAAAUUGAAGCUGGACGCUGUCGACGUGCAGUUCUCUGUGGAGAGAAUUGAACGUAGUCCGCUAGUUACCCAUGAGUAUCAACGUGGGAACAAUAAAUGCUGGUGCGAUAAUCACAAGGUUGAUAAGGAGAGCAUAGAGAGUUGUGGGUUUGCAGAGGAACUUAACAGACGGUUGAUGAAUAGACUCUGAAGAGGACGGCUGACUUCAUUCAUACGCUAU